AUGAAUGUUCCAAGUUUAUUUCAUUUUACAUUCUUACUGAGAGAAGUACGAACACCAUCAUGGAGAUCGUGGAUUUUGAGGAAGCAGCGAUUUUCUCUGCCCAGAGUGCCCUUACUUCAGGCAUCAGGAAAGAAAAACUCUUUCGAUCUCCUUGGACUAACUGAGGCAGAAUUAAAAGAACAGUUUGUAAGAGGUGAUGGCCCGGGAGGUCAAGCCACAAAUAAGACAAACAACUGUGUUGUCUUGAAGCAUAUUCCAUCUGGGAUUGUAGUGAAGUGUCAUCAAACAAGAUCAGUGGAGCAGAACCGAAAGAUAGCCAGAGAAAUACUGCAGGAGAAAGUUGACCUCUUCUACAAAGGUGAAGAUAGUGAUGUUUUUAAAGAGAAGAAAGCAUCAGAGAAGAAGAAGCAGGAGAAAAAAAGAAGAGCAAAGGAAAAUCUAGAAAGGAAAAAGCAUUUUAAAGAGAUGCAACAGUUGGAUAAGAAACAAACAUGUAAAUAA